AUGUAUAAAGAAGGAGAACUAGUAUCUUUCUUGGAUCUGCUAGAUUUAGAUGAAGAGGUUAUAGACUUAAGAGCAAAAAGUAUAAUGCAAAGAAGUAAUUUAAGCAGUCAGCACUUAGAACAUUUUAUUUACCUUCUUCAAUACAAGCAUUUGAUCAACGUCCGAGAAAAUAGUGAAUACGAAAAUGAGGAAGAAUAUAACUUUCUUAGUAAACUUAUUGUCGAUGCGGACACUGAGACUGCGGAAGCAACAUGUACAAUUGUAAAUUUAGUAUUAACAUUAAAUCCUACCACCAUAAUAAAUAAGUCCGAACAUCUUUUACAACAAAUAUUAUCAACAAUAAGUUUCCCUCCUAUAAAGAGGAGUGUCAUUGAUGAAGAUGGUGGUUCCACAAGUAGAGAGACAGAAAAUACAUUGGUUAAACUUAAGAUUUGUGGUAGUGUAUUAGAUGCUGUAAAGAAAGUAGGAGCGAGGAUGUCUUUGCCGUUUCUGCUUGUUCCACUCGAGCAAAUUAUUUGUACUGAAAAUAAACAACUACAAGGAUUCUUCCUAAUGAACACUGUUCCCAAAUUUUUCGAGACUGUUGAUGAUUACAAUAUUCUUGAUAGAAUUUGGUGUUUCUUAAAACAAUUAAAUGAUAGUGCAAUCGCUUUAAAAGUUUUAUGUAGCCUUUCAAACUAUUAUUUACCAGUUAUUGAAGAUAAAUCUGAAAAUGUUUCAAUUGAAUCCACUAUCAUAAGAGAUGGUGAGUUUUGGGAUUUUAUUCUGAAUGGAUUACUCUGUGAUGGCCAAUGUUUAUCUUUAAGAAAGCAAGCCAUCUACCUCGCUAAAAGAGGCAUCGACUAUCUUGUAUAUAAGAAGAAAGAUAUUCAAAUCAACUCACAAAGCACAUUUACAUGGUCGAUAGAAAAUGAAAAUGCAGCGAGAAAAAUGUGGGAAAACUAUUUUAUCUUGAUAGAUAGUUUAGAAGAGAAACAAAGCAAUAUUGUUCUACCGUCUUUAAAACUUUUUAACAGCAUCCACAACAUAGGACACUGUUGGUUGGCAGCUGCUUUUAAAAUCGGCCUAAAACAUGACAAUUUCCAAGUGAGACAAAAAUGCUUGAACUAUAGGUUUCAGUUUAGAAUAAGAAAUCAAAUGGAGGCUGUUGGUGUUCUAGAAGCUCUUAACGAUUCAGCAAUAUUUGAUAACAGAAAUAAACAUAACUUAAUUAUUGGACAGUUGAAGGAAGCCUUUAGUAAUGUGGAAACACUUAUAAAUUUCCUCCAGGGAAUGGCAGAUGUGAAGUUGUCACCAGUGCCAUUAUUCUCUUUGACCUCCUGUUUAGCUGUUCACAAUAUAUCACUUAAUAAUUCUGAUCAGAAAACUAUAUUUAAAUCUUUAAACAAAAUAUUAAAGACUCCAUGCAAUAACAUAGUGCUGAGAAAAGCCAUAUACGUGAACAUGUCACACUUUAUAGUAAAUUGUUGUAAGAAUUUACACUGGAAGGAGUAUUUAUUUUUAUAUCUAUUACUGGAUGUUGAAACAUCUAUAAAUCCAUUUGUGAGUCUCAUACAGAACCAUAUGGUUGUGCCUAAAGAUGAGACGGAGCAGUUCAUAAAUACUAUAAGGACUACGCAUCUGAACAUACCAUUUGCUCUAAUUUAUUUCCGAGGUCACGAUGAGGACUUGUUUCUGAAGAUAAUCAAUGAUAUGAUAUACCAAGUAAAGAAUAUCAGCAGUAGACAGUAUUCAAACAAAUUAGACUAUUUAGAAGAAGCCAUUUUCAUUGCACAUUUGUACAAAUAUCAAGAUAAUAACAUAAUAACUCAAACAAAUUACAAUUCUGAAGCAUUCCAAGCUGUAAUGCAAUAUAUUAUGAGUUUAUUGUCAGAUGAAAUUAAUUUGGAUUACGAUAAAAUGAAUUUACUUUUAGAAGGUCUCGGUUACAUCAUAAGUGGCGCGAAUAUUAUUAAUUAUAAGGAAAACUUAAUACAAUUAUAUAAAACCGCCGAAAUUCUCGUUAAAGAUAACAACUCUGAUCUGCAAAAAAAACUUUUUGCAUUGCUAACUCUCAAUACACUUCUGAAAUCGAAAUUUCGAGAUAUUUGUUAUGAAGUUCUGGUUAUUGAAACAUUUGUAAACAUAAUUAAGAAUAUAAAUUGUUCUGGACACAAGAGAGAAGAUGGCGGCAGAUUGAGGAACAGUUUUUACGAAAACAUAUGUCAAUUAUUAUGUACAGUAUAUACAAGCGGAUCUAUAAAAGAUAUUAUAUAUUUUAUUGAUACAGUUGUGGAAUGUGGAGGUCACGGCUGUUUAAAAUGGUUAUUAAUUUUAACUAAUAAAAUAAUAUCGGAAUUGUUAGAGGAAGAUCAAGUAAAAUUUGAUUUAACACAGUUCUUGAAUAAAAUGUGGAAAGAGAUCGAAGACCUGAAGUCAAACAGCCAAUAUUCAAUUUGUAUGGAACAAUUUAUAAAUCUGCUCACCCACGACGCCGUGUUAAAGAGACCAAUAUAUAAUAACCUCGUUAUCUCAUACUGCAAUAAGAUUAUUAACUAUGCCACAUUAAAGUACUCCCCGCUGUAUUUUCUUAUAAAACGAUUGACUCAGAUUGAUAUCUCAUCUUAUGCUCAUAUGAUUUAUGUUUUAUGUGAAAUUUUGCUAUACGCAAAUAUUCCGAACAAAGAACAAAGGAUAGCUGAAAGCUUACAAGUGGCAAUUUUAGAGCGAUCAGGAUUUUACGGAAUAAAUGAAGAAUGCGUUCAGUUUAAUUCUCACAUACAAUAUUUGGCGGUUUCAAUACUUGUUAAGAUAAGUGACAAUGAAAUUCUUGUUAACGUGAUGAAGUCAGUGAGGAGAAGGAUAGAUGAAUUGAUGAAAAACAAACUUCGGUACCACGAGAAUUCCUACCUCGAGAGGUCUAUAGAGUCUGGUUUACAAUGUUUGCUUCUCACUGUUCUUAUGACCGAGGUCGAUUUAAAAGAUAGCGCUGUGUGGUGUAUGGAGUUAUUGGGAAGGAUGCCACACCAACCGUAUGUUAGGAUAUGUCUGGAAUGGUUUAUUUGCUUAUAUUUUUAUCUUGAGAAACAUAUGAUAGGUCAGGAUGUAUUGGACACAUUAAACUCACGUAACGUGCCCAUACAAUCUCAAUUCAUGAUCCUAUACUGGAUUCUGAUACGUAAAAUUAAAACGAAUUGCUGUCUCCAAGCCGAGUUCGAUCAAGUUAUGGAGUUUCUUACUUCACACAGCAUGGGCCCUGUGUACGGCGUGAGACUUUACGCGCAAUAUCUGGCCACGAAGAUUAUCGAUGUCAAUGAUGAACAGGAACACAAAUUGGAUGACAAAAAAUUUACAUACAUAAUAAAGGUUAUAAGGAAUUGUUUACGACAAGCCCAGGAGUUGGAAGAAAAGAGUCUCGUGAAGUUAUUAAAUAGUUACUUCAUCAAUUCCUUUGAUAUUAUCCAAAACUGGAAUUUCUACGACGUGUAUUAUAAGCUACCUGUGUUGUCGCUGACACAUACUGCUAGACAUUUCGAUAUGACGAAUAAAUUUCUUCAAACUGUGACCAUGGAGAUUAACGCGUCUUUGGAAAAAGGUUUAAAAGGUGAAUUCCUCAGUGAUGGGAUAGUCGUUCCAGAGAAGAUCCGAUGUGAGUUUUUAACUGAAGUAACCGAUGAAGAGGAAUCAGAUAUUAUACAGAAAAAAUACGUUCCUUGGAAGAGUAUGAGCGACGUGGACGUUUACAGCGAACAUCAUAGGCCGUCUAGUGGGCUGGUGUUGGUAGCGUCUCUGGUCGACAAGUUGCCCAACCUGGGCGGUAUGGCGCGAACGGGAGAGGUGUUCGGAGUACAUACAUACAUCAUGGACAGUUUGAGACACGUACAGAACAGAAUAUUCCAGGAUCUGAGCGUGUCAGCUGAAAGAUGGUUGAACGUAGAGGAAGUCCGACCUGGGGAGCCUCUCAAACGAUACCUCAUGAUGAAGAAGGCCGAGGGUCACACCGUCGUGGCAGCGGAACAGACUUCUAAUAGUGUUAAACUACAACAUUUCAAAUUUCCCAAGAAAACCGUCUUAUUACUAGGACACGAAAAGGAAGGCAUCUCAUGUGAUCUGCUGCCUUUAUGUGAUAUAUGUGUGGAGGUCCCUCAACUAGGAGUGGUUCGCUCCCUCAAUGUACACGUCACCGCUGCCCUCUUCGUGUGGGAGUACACGCGACAACAUCUACUAUAA